AUGGGGGAAGGUGAGGGGAGUGAUAUCCCUCCUAAAAACGUACUGUUUGAUUCCGUUUCGGCUUCGAAUUCGAAGAAGCUUGCUAGGCAGCUCGAUUUCAACAAUUUUGGUGGGACUCAGGUGACUGUACCUUUGCCGGAACAAUCGCAGCCUCCGGCGACACUGCCUCCUCUUCCUUCAGCCAAAUUGGGGAAACCAGAAUCUCCAAAGUCAAAAUCAAGAGCCAACUCUGAGACAAAAGAUGCUACUCCAAAGAAGCAAAAACAGUGCAAUUGUAAACAUUCAAAAUGCUUAAAGCUAUAUUGUGAAUGUUUUGCGUCGGGAAUAUAUUGUGAUGGUUGCAACUGUGUAAAUUGUUUUAACAAUGUUGACAAUGAAGCUGCUAGACGAGAAGCUGUUGAAGCAACUUUAGAACGCAAUCCAAAUGCUUUUAGGCCAAAAAUUGCAAGCAGCCCUCAUGGUACACGUGAGAACAGGGAGGAGGCUGGGGAAGUUUUAAUAUUGGGAAAGCACAACAAGGGGUGCCAUUGUAAAAAAUCUGGGUGCCUCAAGAAGUACUGUGAAUGUUUCCAAGCCAACAUUCUUUGUUCUGAAAAUUGUAAAUGCAUGGAUUGCAAAAACUUUGAAGGAAGUGAAGAGCGGCAAGCUUUGUUCCAUGGAGAUCAAAACAAUAAUAUGGUGUUUAUUCAGCAAGCAGCCAAUGCUGCCAUAACUGGAGCUAUUGGUUCCUCUGGUUAUUCCUCACCACCAGUAUCGAGAAAAAGAAAAGGUUCAGAACUCUGGCCGUCCGUCAAGGAUCCAUCUGUUAGCAAGCUGGGACAACAGGCAAAUCCUGUCAGAGGUCCUGGAGCACCCUCCUCAGCCUUGUCUCCUGUCCCAGUUCCUCGAGUUGGACCUUCAUCAUUAGGCCCUUCAAAAUUUAUGUACAGGUCUCUUUUAGCAGACAUCAUACAACCACAGCACCUGAAAGAGCUGUGCUCUGUUCUAGUGCUAGUAGCUGGACAAGCCACUAAAACACUUGCAGACCAGAAAAAUUUAAUUGAUAAGCACACAGAAGAUCGGACAGAAACUUCUCUUGCUUCUUCAAAUCAAGAGCAAUUGCCAAAUCAAAAGGAACCUGAUAUUGAGAAAGCUAUGGCUGAUGAUUGUUCUAGUGCAAACCAAACUGAUAAAACCAGUCCGGAAAAUUCCAGUUCAGAUGGUGCUGAUGUUUCAAAAGGGAGGCCAAUGUCUCCUGGAACUCUAGCAUUGAUGUGUGAUGAGCAAGAUACAAUGUUCAUCACUGCGGCCCCCUCUACUGGGUCAAUGGCCCAUGCUUGCAACACAUCUUCACAAUUGCCUCGUGGACAAGGAGCAACAGAGGUCUAUGCAGAGCAAGAAAGAAUUGUAUUGACGAAAUUCAGAGAUUUUCUUAAUAGGGUUAUCACUAUGGGAGAAAUAAAUGAAACAAAGUGUUCUUCAUUAGCCAGAAGCGAGUUAGAGAUUCAAAAGGACCCAAUCAUCAAUAGCACUGAAAAUGCGAGUACUGCGGCAGCACAUCAGCAGGGACUGGGAGCCACCAGCAACGGUGUUACUAAAGCCGUCAGCAACCCCACCACUUCAACAUCUUUGGUCCCUUGUAGUUUUGUUUCAGAAAAUGGGGAAAUUAAGCCGAAGGUCGAAAAAUAG